GUAGGUUGGUUUUACAUGCCAAAAUUUGGGAUAAAUCUUUAAAUAUGGGCCAAGGUGACUCAGGUGAGCGAUGAGGCUUAUGGGCCUCUUGGUUUUUUUUUUUUUUUUUGGUUGUUGUUGUUGUUGUUGUUUUUUCCCCCUUCUUGUUUUUGUUACUUUGAAGAUACUCAAACAAAGUUGAAACCACAGGAACUGAUAAUUUUGUCUAUAAUAAUAAUAGUAGGAUGAUUGAUCCUCUGUUGCCAUCAUUUAAAGACAAAAUUAUCGGUGUAAUGGUGCCUGUGAACAAACAAACCAUAUCAGAAAAACUCUUUUCUAAUAUCUAUUUCCCCCCCCCCCCUUUUUUUUUUACACCGGGAUAUUUUUCCGGAAUUUAACUUGUGACUACAUACGGGUUCUAACAAUUAUCUCUUCGUUAAUCGCCAGAAUUUUCUCCAGAUGUCCAUUGGCUUUUCGUGAGUAACGGCACGAAGCCAAGUUUUUGGUGAAUGCCAAUGGCCAGCACAGGGAGAGUUGAAUAAGGACGGCACUUAGGAUGUAAGCUUGGAAGCCUGAGGGAAAGACAGACAUCUAGCAAGGAUGUUAAUCUACAUCAACAGAGAAUUUCGGCUUUUCUUCAAGAGGAAAAAAAAGAGACUUAUCAAAAUUUUGUGUUGUGGACUGGACACAGAAAUAAUGUCUGCCCUAUACAUCUGUGCCUUCCUUCUUGCCUCUCUGGUGUUGGUAAUAUGGCAGCUUAGCCAAGACAAAUGCCACACAGACAGGGUUAUCAAACGCUUGUGCCAAGACUACAAUGAGGGCAAGGUGGCAGGAUCAUGGUGCCGUGCUCUGUGUGUAGAGGAAAUAGUUCAGCUUAACAGCUGCCAUCAUCAGAGCGGUCCACUACUGACAUUCCAUUAUGAAGAUACAGUUGUCAAACUACCUCAUUCUUACAAGACAUCUUCUUCACAUUCCCAACUCCCAGAACCAUUGUCACUGGCACAGUUUAAUGAAAUGUUACUCGAAUUCCUUCAUUCCAAACUAGGACUAGUGGAUGUUUCUAGACUGUUACAAAAAAUUUACAGGGAUGCUGACUUCAACAACAAUGGAAAGUUAACAUAUGGGGAAGCAAAUUCCAUGUGGCAACUUCUGAACAUCCAUGAAUAUUUCAUUCUGUUCAUCUUCGAGAAGGAUCCAAUAUUUCCCUUGCAAAAUGGCACUUGUGGGCCUUUGUAUGCUUACCAGCACACGAAAGCAAGCCCGCUGUUUAACAAGCACAACAAGACAGUUUUAGAUAAAUUUUUCUCCAAUACCUAUCGAUGGAGUUUUCCUUCAUGGGAUAGGAGAGUCAAUGUAGCAGUUGGUUUGCUCGAAUAUGGUAUUACAUUUUCCGAGAUGUACAAUGCAAAAUUCUAUAUGUGUGAUUAUGUUGAGCAGUGUUUUGGUUACACAUCUUUAUUUGAAGUAAGUUUAGUCUCUUUUGAAAAUAUUUUGUCAGAAUUUAUGAUAGGAAGUAAAUUAGGUAAGAUACAAUGCACAGAAGAUUCACACUGUCAAUAUCAGAAUUUAUGCCGUUCAUUGUGCAAUAAACAGACUGGGCAAUGUACAAAGGAGGUUCAGGGGCCAUCUUACACUUCAGUUUGUGAGGUUUUGAGGGAUUAUGUUUGGUUUGAUGCACCAGCAGCUGUGAAGAGAAAAUUGGAUGAUUUGUUGAAAAAAUGUUUUCGAACAGGACAAAACAUUGACAAAGCAAGAAGCAGCCAGAAAGUCCCUCAACACUAUGUCAGGUAUAACACUAUUAUGAUUGACAUCCAGGAUAUACUAUGGGGUGAAAUUAAAAAUAAACCUCCAAACUGGCUCCACCCACCCAAGCCAAAGAAAAAGCCAAAACGAAACCCGAAGUUUAAUGGGAAUUAAAGCCGAAAGCGGGCUUUUAUUUACAUGUACAAGGGUUCUCUAUGACUAUUCAUAUCAGAAAUUCAUGUUCAAGUAGUUAAUGCAACUUUUAUUGAAGGUUCUUUCAUAAUUUUAAUAUUUCAUUCCAUUUUUUUAAUCCCAUAUGAAUGGAUUUUUAGUUUAUUUGUUCUUUCACAACGAAUUAUGAUAUUAUUUUCCACUAAAUCAAAACAUCUUCAAAUAUAAUCAAAAUACAUAUAUCAGUUUGUUUCCAAGAAGCAUACCAAGAAACUGAUGUCAGCUGUUUUACAUUCUGGAGUACAUGUAUAUGCUUUGUUAUAAGAUUUUCAUUUUGCUGUUAUUUUCUAUUUAAAUGUGUGGCUUGUUUGAACUUUUUGGGGUAAAAGUUCGUUUGUUGUGGGUGUGUGUGUAAACUUUUCUUAUUUUUUACUUCAUCUCAGACAGAAUUUGGUGUACAACUUACACAAAUCAUCCUUUGGUAGAGGGGAUUCACUUUAAAUCAAUACAAAUGAAGGACUAUAUUCUUCAGCCCUUCCAGCAGGAGGUAUAAUUAAAAAUUAGUAUAUGUAAAAUAAGGAUGGAUGUUAAAAAUCUACUUCUCCAGAACCACUAUCCCAGAGAAACUUAAACUCCCAUGGAAAUUUUUUUAUAUACUGAAAAGUAAGAAAAGUGUUCAAAUAAUGAACAUUUGGGCCAAGAUUUUCUCAAGAACCACAAGGUUAGUUCGUUAAAUUGAUAUGAAACUAUCAUCAAAUUAUGACCCCAGGAACCAAGGCAUGGCCUCAUUGCCACAUUGUGGUUUAGAGUUUUACAUUGGAAUACUCUGAGAAGAAAUGUAUUGAAAGACCACAAAAGAACACCCCCCCCCCUCCCAACACACACCUGGCCAUGGCCCCUAAGUAUGACACUGUGCAGGGCUAUGACAGGGAUGUAAAAAUUUAUUAUUGGAUGAAGGAGAAGAAAAUCUGCUAUGGAUCUGUCUUAAAUAUGUUUAAUCUGAUAAGGCAACACAUGUGGUUUUGCCCACCAUAUCCACACCAAAAUUUAAUACCCAUUGAAAAGAAUGUUAAUCCAGAAUCUUAACCGUGGUAGCAAUAGGUAAGGGUUGUCUUCAGAUAACAGUUUUUUGAUGAUGUCAGCCUUAACAUUUGAUGCAAUAUAAGAUAAUUAUAUUCAAAAUAAAUUACAUGUGUGGCUAUGUUGAGAUUGAGAACUAGUUUAAGAGGCAUUCAAAGUGUUUUAUAUUCUGCUAUGACCACUUAAUUCAGCUGGUUAGUUUAAACAGUAUUGAAUUCAUCAGUCCUUGUUAUUACAUAUAUUAUACAGCACUCUGCUAGAAACGGAGAUUGGAAACAAGCCAACUCAUAUCAAUCCUGUUCUCUAUUUUUCAUUUAAAAGUGUUUUUUGGUACAGUUAUAAUUUCAAUCAGAAUGCAUAUUUAUUAUUUAGUUCACAAACAUCACUAAGAAUCGUCAGAUAUAAAUGAAAUUUUGGUAUAAUUCAAAUACCAUGAUGUUUGAGUGUCAGGUGUACAAUGGGCAUUAUUUUCAAUAGAUUUCUACCCAAACGGGUUCAGCUGAUAUUGUUAUAGUAGGAGCAGUAUGCAGUGUAUAUAGGUAUCGUAGCAUUUGGUAGUGAAUAAGUUAUACAUGUAAACAUGCACAGUGGAGAAUUUUACUCUUGGUCAGGUUAUCUCUUUAAAGUCUUCUCAAAGAUAUCUCACGUACAAACUGAGCUUUGAUAUAAAUGAAGCUUUACGUGAAGAGUUUCUUAUGACUAAAGAAUUAAAAGUUGAUUCAAGGUUGAAAGGUCACUUAGUCAUUUGCUGGAAGAAAUGCCUGGUUUCCAGAUGAGAUUUCAAAUGCAAUGUGGGCAUCAGUGUUGAAACUUCUUAUAAAGAAUAUAUAUGGCUAAAGGAUGACCAUUGUUACUUUUAGUUCUGAAAGUCAGUAAUACCUGGUCACAUAUGGCAAGAAAUUGUUUUUGUCUUAUAUUUCAAAUGCAAUUCAAAUUUUAGCAACGAAACUUCUCAAGAUUCUCAAUGACUAAAAUAUUACUCCUUUGGAUUUUCAAGGUUGUUGGUCAAAGGUCAAAGUCACUAUAGCAGAUAAUUGUUCACUAUCCCUUUGAAAUAAGAUACUUGCAACUUUACAUAUCAUGCAUGUUAUACAUAGAACAAUAGUAAAUUUGGUAUCAAUUUUCAAGGUCAUAUGUUAGACAUAACAGUAACCAUUGCAAUUUUACAGACUGGAUCUCUCAUCGCUAUUGUAUAUAGCGGAGCAAUUACUUUUAAUUUAUUUUUGAUAUGUGGAAUGUCCAUUUGAUCCAAAAUUACGCACAUUGUGCUUUAAUAGUCUCACCUUAAUCUAUAUAUCUAGAAGUGUUUGAGAUACUUUACUAUAGAUUCACUUAAAACUCCUUGUUAAACUAAUUUUAGGAGAUAAUUUACACUGUGACAAGAAAGUAAUGUCUUAACCGUGUACUAAUGCAUGACUGGAAAAAUUAUCCUGAAAGAUAGAUCAUCAAAUUCUCUGUUGAAAUGCUUUUAAUAAGCCCAUAUAUGGCACAAACAACUUGCAUUUCAAUUUCUCACACAUUAUUUUAAUUGUUUCAAUGAAUGCUCAUGCAAAUCUGUUGAGAUUAGCUAAGAAAACAAAUUGUUAUCUUGACAUGUCCAUCAAUAGUUUAGGUUUUAAAUUUAAAUUAUUGAUAAAUGUUACCGGUAUGGUCCAAAACUGUUCUCUUGCCAAGGAAGAAAAUUUAAGCUUCAAAUGUUUUGUAGCUGUUUUCACUAUAUUUACUGCCGAAUUUUACUAUUAGGAAGGGCCAGUACAGGAAUUCUGCUGUUUGUUAUGAAUCAAAGUUGAGUAUUGAUUAAUCUUUUUAAUUUCUCCAAUGAAUUCUUUUAAUUUCAUCAAUUAAAUUCUUUUAAUUUCAUCAAUUAAAUUCUUUUAAUUUCAUCAAUUAAAUUCUUUUAAUUUCAUCAAUUAAAUUCUUUUAAUUUCACUAAUUAAAUUCUUUUAAUUUUACCCAUUGAGACGGUAAUCAGACAUAUAUAUUUAGCAGCAAUGACAUACAUUUAUGUGAUGAUGCUUGCGCUGCAUAGAAGAAAACUAAUACUUUGGGAUAACUGUCCAUUUAUUACACUUUAUAAACCUACUAAAGUGACUCCCCUGUUCCUUAGAUACUACAACUUUGUAAAUAAUAGAUUAUGCUGUUAUGAAUGCGGUAUGGUGAGCAGAUACAUGUAAAUGAAUAAUAUGUGUAAAUUAAGCCUUGUAUUUAUUUUCUAGUUACAUUUGAUGUUUUGAUACAAGAACUCAAAAAAAAAAAAAGAUAAUGUAAAUUUCUUGGAAUAUAAUACAUUUGUAUGUUUAUUUGCCUCAUUUGAAAUUUCUUGAACUUUUUCUUUCAAAUUUUUUUCGGUGGUGAUUUAUAGGAUAAAGUCUAGUGUAUUAGUAGUGCCAAAAAUAUGAUCAAAGUUAGAAUAUAUUUACACUGUUAUUAAAUGUACCUGUAAUUCAAAACAGUUGUUGUCUGUUAAUUACUUGAGUUUUUAAACUUUAACUAUUUAUUGCAACAGUUCUUUCAAGUUUAUAUAGAUUAUACAUGUAUAUGUUAAUUUUUUUUUAGCUCAAGACAGCUUUUCUCAUUAAAGUUUGUCUGUCGUCUGUAUGUUGGUCGGUCUUGAGUAAUCCUGUCACAUAUUUUUAUUUUCUUCACAAGAACCACUGUGCCAAUUCCAACUAAGUUGGCACAAAAUACCAUUAAGUACUGAGGAUUCACUUUUAUACAAAUGAAGGGUCAUGCCCUUUUCUAAGAGAAAAUACUCGAGAAAUAGUUAUACAUGUAAUAGGGUUCUUCUCAACAACAAUGGAAGCAGAAAAGCCAAAAUUUGCACGAGAGCUUCCAUUGACAUGUACAAUGUAUAAUGAAAAUUCAAGUUUGUUCACAGCUUGAUAGUGAUCAAAGUUUUGCAUAGAAUUUCAUAGGAAUGCUAUUUGAAAUUCUUACUUGCAAGAACCACAAAAUAAGAUAUGUGAAAUUAAUAUGCAAACUUUUUCGAGUUGUGUAGAUUCAGAUUUGUACACACCAUGACUGCCAUGAGAGCCAGGAUGGGACCAUAACUAAGAUUUGAUUUUUAAAUAGGAAAAUGUAACUGCUCAGGUGAGCAAUAUGGCCCAUGGGCCUCUUGUACAUUUAUUUUAACAGCUAGUCCAAUAAUUGCAAAUCAUAAUUCUAGUCAAUCAUGGUUGCUAAUCAUGGGCUGCUAAGGGAAUCAAAGGACUAUAUAUGAUGUAGGCCUAGUUUGUCCCUCUGAAUUGACUUUACAUUUUUUCAUGUCAAAUUUAUUUUAUUUUGAUGAAGAGUGUAUCAUGCACAAGUCAGCUUUCUGCUGUUAUUGAAAAUUGUUGACAUUAACAAAUAGCAUGAAACUGGUUGUUGAUAUUGUCAUGCAGGGAGUAUUUGCUAGAAUGUGUCGUAAGUUCAUAUUUCAAAAAAUAUUUAGAAAAAAUGCAUUUAUCAAAGGUUUUGAAAAUGCAUAUUUUUGUGACUAGGAAGUGUAAGCAAUUUAAACACACAUAAAAGGAGCACAUGUAUAUGAUUAUUACAUAUAUGUAAGAAAAAUCUGCUGUAAGUACAUGUAUGUAUAUGAAUCAUAAAGGCCAGUUUUAGUCACUUAAAUCACUUGUGUCCUUUUGACAUGACACAAUAUCAUGUGUACAUACUUCGGUAAAUUGUAGGUUGUGCACAUAAGAUGUUUUGGCACUCCAAAUUCAAGUCUUGCAAUAUAAUAUAUGAAUUAUAGUAAAAACAGCAUAUGCCAUUUUGUUGUCAUGAAAAUUAUUCCUUGAAAAAUUGCUUACAUCAAAAUGGAAUAUAAUUAUGCAGGGUAAAAGUAGUAUACAUUUUUUUUUUUUUUUUUUUUUUUUUUUUUACAAAAUUAAUUUACAUUUGAUAGUCCUUUGUCAAGUCAACAAAUCAUAGCAAAUUCCACAACUCUUUUUCCUACAUUGAGUGUUAUCAGAAAAAAAGAUUUACAGAUUAAAAUUUCCUCCAACUUCAAAGUAAAACUCCCUUGAACAUGCCCAUAUUUAGAUGGGACAUAUUCAGCAAUGUCCAUCCAUCUGUUUGUGGUUUUCUGUUUCUAUUUCUCUGUCACAUACAAUGUAUCAAGCUAAAACUUGCUGUGUAGCUUCUUUGUGGGUCACUCUAGAUCAUGUUGCAAUUUUAAUCCAUUUCGACCUCUCUUGCAAAAGUUCUGCCUCUAGUUGAAAUUCAAUAUAUCAUAGAGGGUACAUGCUUUGUCCGUCUGACUCCUUCCACAGUUUUCAAGUGAGGACCUUCUUAUUUUAGAGGAUAUUUGUAUGGAUAAAGUUGAGCAUGUAGUAAGGAUUUUGAUUUCCUUCUGAUAUUUGUUGAGAAACUUAGAGGUUGUUGAACUUAAUUUUGUGGAAAUAUUACAUAGGGAGUACAUUAUUUGUCAAUUUAACUCCUCUCACAGUUAUAUAGCUAAAGCCUUUGUAAGCAACAUGAAAAUGUGCAUAAAAAAUUACUACUAUCUAGUAACUGAAAUUUCUAACUUUCCCAUGCAACCAAAAAUGUUUGAAAUACAGUGGGCGGAGUUGCACAAAAAAAAUAAUCUAAAAUCAGCAUAAGUUCCUGACAUUAAUUGUUUCUGUGUCUGCCAGUUAGUUUUUAAUUUUGCUGGUGCUCAUUAUAAUUAUUUAUUUAAGAAAGUCUCCGAGGUGCUCUGGUAUCAGAUUUCAUUCACCACAAGACUCUGCUGUUAGGAGGUCAUAAGUGAGCAUACCUCAAAUUUGCACACAUAUUAUACUGUAUAUACCUUGUUAUUCUAAAAUAUUGUAUAUGUACUUGCUAAAUUCAGGCUCAUAAAAUGUACUUGCUUUUCAACACUUAAUGCAUUAAAUCACAUAAGAUCACUAAGGAGUGUCCUUUUGAUGAGAUCCCAGC